UAUCUGUGGACCUCACUUGUCUCCUGCAGACGACCAAAGGGCAAUCCCCAGGUCCUCUGCCGCAGGCUCCUCCUCCAUUGACAUCAGAGCCGCAGGCGGGCCAAGGGAGCCGAGCCCCAGCCGAGCGCCAGCGACUGAACAAGCAAACUGACCAGGCACAGACGACGCGGCGGGAGCUCCGCACCAGCCACCUCGGCCCUUGCAGCCAGCCCCCGAGGCGGGGCAGCCGCAGGAGCCCUGGCUGUGGCUGGGGGGCAGUGGGCCAUGCCAGGGGCAGUGGAAGGCCCCAGGUGGAAGCAGGCGGAAGACAUUAGGGAUAUUUAUGACUUCAGAGAUGUUCUGGGCACGGGUGCCUUCUCAGAAGUGAUACUGGCAGAGGACAAGAGGACUCAGAAACUGGUGGCCAUCAAAUGCAUUGCCAAGAAGGCCUUGGAGGGCAAAGAAGGCAGCAUGGAGAAUGAGAUCGCCGUCUUACACAAGUGCCAGGGAAUGGGUGCACCACCGGAAGCUGUGAACCACCUCAUCUCUCCUUUUAGGAUCAAGCACCCCAACAUUGUGGCCCUGGAUGACAUCUAUGAGAGUGGGGGCCACCUCUACCUCAUCAUGCAGCUGGUUUCAGGUGGAGAGCUGUUUGACAGAAUUGUGGAGAAAGGAUUCUACACAGAACGGGAUGCCAGUCGCCUCAUCCUCCAGGUGCUGGAUGCUGUCAAGUACCUGCACGACCUGGGCAUUGUGCACCGGGACCUUAAGCCAGAGAACCUGCUGUACUACAGUCUGGAUGAAGACUCCAAAAUCAUGAUCUCCGACUUUGGUCUCUCUAAGAUGGAGGACCCAGGCAGUGUGCUCUCCACAGCCUGUGGGACUCCAGGAUAUGUGGCCCCUGAGGUCCUAGCCCAGAAGCCCUACAGCAAGGCUGUGGAUUGCUGGUCCAUAGGAGUCAUUGCCUAUAUACUGCUCUGUGGCUACCCACCCUUCUAUGAUGAAAAUGAUGCCAAACUCUUUGAACAGAUUUUGAAGGCCGAGUAUGAGUUUGACUCUCCUUAUUGGGAUGACAUCUCUGAUUCUGCCAAAGAUUUCAUACGACAUUUGAUGGAGAAAGACCCAGAGAAGAGGUUCACCUGUGAGCAGGCCUUGCAGCACCCAUGGAUUGCAGGAGAUACAGCUCUGGAUAAGAAUAUCCACCAAUCAGUGAGUGAGCAGAUCAAGAAGAACUUUGCCAAGAGCAAGUGGAAGCAAGCUUUCAAUGCUACUGCUGUGGUUCGGCACAUGAGGAAGCUGCAGUUGGGCACCAGCCAGGAGGGGCAGGGACAGACUGGCAGCCACGGAGAGCUGCUGACACCAACAGCUGGCGGUAAGAACCAGGGUCUCGUGGAAGGGCAUAGGUGGUCCAUGAGAAAGCACAAGGCUGGGGCUGGAGCCUGCUCCACAGCCACCUUGCCCUUUCCUUCCACAGGGCCAGCAGCCGGCUGCUGCUGCCGGGACUGCUGUGUGGAGCCAGGCUCAGAACUGCCCCCUGCACCACCUCCCAGCUCUAGGGCCAUGGACUGAACAUCAAGCAUGUCAGGGUUUCUUUCCUUGGAGGGGUUGGAGGCAGCCUGCUUCCUCCAUACCCCAGAACUGGGGAGUUUCUGACCCAUACCUCUUAGCCCCUCCCCUCUCACUCUUCACUGCGUUUUCCAUACAAAUGUUUCUAUUUUAUUGUUCUUUCUUGUAAUAAAGGGAAGAUAAAACAAGACA